AUGAGCAGCCGCCCCCCGGGAGGAUCCGGCUCGGGCGUGUGCUUCGGCCCGCGGGAGCCCGACAAGCCCUUCGCGGACUCGGAGCGGGCGCAGAAAUGGCGCCUGUCGCUGGCCUCGCUGCUCUUCUUCACCGUGCUGCUCUCCGACCACCUGUGGCUCUGCGUUGAGGCCAGGCAGGUCGCGGCCGGGCGCCACCGGGACCCAGAGCGGGCGGGAGCGGGCAGGGAGGACGGCAUGGACGGCGCGGCGGAGGCGGAGGGCGGCGGCGGCGGCGGCCAGUGCUUCAGCCUGCUGGGCGACGCCGAGGCUGCGUGCCGCCGCCUGCAGCAGCCCGGAGCCUCGGCCCAGGCGGAGCUCUACCUUCCCUUUUGUAGUUCCUACACGCUGCGCGAGCUCUUCGCCGGGCUUUCCCGCCCGGACACUCUGAACUGCACUCUGGACCUAGGCGAGGGGGACGAGGACGAGGAGUUGGAUGGCGAAGGGCGCCGCAGGGAGGAGGAGGAGGAGGAUUGGCUCGGCUCUUGCCGCCGCUGCGUCCUGGCUUACCAGAACUACGACCAGCAAGCGCAGGACCGCUACCGAGAGUUCGAGCUCGUGCUGCAAAAAUACUUGCAGGCGGAGGAGUACUCGGUGAAAUCCGGCCCGGAGGAUUGUAAGGUAGGAGUGUAGGUGGUUUUGUUUUUUUAAUAACCCCCACCACUUUGGCAAUGUCUUUCUCCCACCCCUCCAAUCCCUCGGAUUCACUGUUGGUCUCUUUGGCGACGCUGAGGCUCGUGGCUUCGUUUCUGGCUCCUUCUCCCUCCCUCCUUCCCUCUCUUCCCCCGGUCCUGAUCAUAUGCGAUGGGCUCCUGACUCGCGCUGGCCCCGCUCUGACUGCCAGGGGCUGGAAUGCGGCUUGGCAGGGGAAGAGGCGCUGCGUGCCAAUGAGCAGGACCCGGGAGCGCGUGGGCUGCUGCUGCUGCUACUGCGCGGAGGCGGCGGGUGGGGUGGGGGUGGUGCGUGGGAUGGGGAGGGGAGGCCGAGACGUGGUCGCCAGCGGGGGUUUCCCUGGCCCUUCAAUGAUCAGGGGAUCUCGCUGGUUUCCCGGAACUGAAAAAGCGUCGUUCGCGUGGCGGUGCGAAGGUCUGCUUUCUUCGCAGGGGAGGGUGGGGGCAUUAACUUCCGAGUUGCUGAAUCAGGGCGGUUGUUGGGAUGGAUGGAGUUGGGUCCUGAACUUCUGAGGAGGCGCUGCUUCUCUCGGGCUUGGUAGGUUUGUCUUUCGUUUAAGGAGAACAGUGCCAAAUACUGUGGGCAUCUGUUUGGUGCCCUUCGCCAGCUUCUGGCUAACCGGUUGGACGACCAAGGACAGCUCUAG